AUGACUCUCACAGUUGGCUCCAUCAUCGGCUCGUUCUUCACCACGCUCUCCAAGCUCCACGCCGUGCCGUCGGUGCCGACACCCUUCCCGGACCGUCUGGCCAAGCUGGACCCGGCGCUCAGUACGCUCGACAAUGAAAUCUACAACGCCCAGACGUUCGAUUGGUCCAAGAGCGGGCUGGAUCUGCUUAACCCUGCACGUGUAGGGUAUUUCAUGGACAAGCUGCAUCGCUAUGUAUCCUCACUCGAGCCGGGCGCCGACGGCGUGGUGACGAUUGUGGAUCUGGGCUGUGGGGCGGGGAUUGCGAUCGAAGCGAUCCACGCUGCCAUUGUCUCGGCCGCGCACGAUGCGUCCGCAAUCACCCAAACCAAAGACGGUUUGUUCGAUGGUAAGCACACAUACAAGCUGAUCGGCAUCGAUCUUUCCCCGCGCUCCAUCGAGACUGCGCGCCAGAAAGCCCGUGCCCGCUCGCUCUGCAUCGAAUACAUCGUCGGCGACAUCUACCACCUCCCCUUCCCUCACGCAAGUGUAGACGCAAUCAUCUGCUCCGACGUGCUCGAACACCUGUUCGACCUCCCCGCCGCCUUCGCCUCGAUCUCGGCCAGCCUCAAACCCAACGCUAUCUUCACGUUCGACACGAUCAACCGCACGCCCGCUUCGUACUACCUCUCGAUCUGGAUCCUCCAAGACUUGCUCAAAGCCAUGCAGGGCGAUGCGCACGAUCACAGGCUCUUCGUCACCCCGGACGAGGCGCACGCGGUGAUGCAGAGGUCCGGGUUGAGCCCAGGACCGGAGAGCGAUCUGGUCGGCUUGAGGCCUGGCGUCAGGUUCCCGCCCGCCGCCCUGUAUAGGUUGACCACUGGCGCGGGCUUCAUCAUGAGCAUCCUCGACGAGUUCCAGUUGAGCAAGGAUUUGAGUAUUUCGUACCUGCAUUGGUGUCGAAAGGUCGAGGACUAG